CCCGGGCCGCCGCCUCCUCCUCCUCCUCCCUUUCUCUCUCGAUCUGUCUCUCCCGGCCCGGAAUCCAUUCCGGCCUGGGAGCCGGAGCGGCCAGGCCGCCGUCUGCCAGACCCCCUGGCCGUCCGGCGGGCCGCCCUCCCGUGCGUCUGUCUGCCGGUGCGCCCGCCCGCCCGUCGGCCCAGAACACAGAGGCUCAGAAGUGAAGCAUCUUGCCCAGCUAUGAGAGAGCAAGCCAGGAACUGAAACCAGAUGAGGAUGCAGAGGCCCAGAGAGGGGAAGUGACUUGCCUAGGGUCGCACAGCGGGGCGAGGUGGAGCGGGGCAUCUAGUCCAGGACCUGACUCCACACCUGGUGUCCGUGCGGAGACCCCAGGCUGCUUCCCAGGCCCUCUGGGACAGCCCCUGCCUUCCCCCUGCCAGGACCAUGGGCAGCAACAAGAGCAAGCCCAAGGAUGCCAGCCAGCGGCGCCGCAGCCUGGAGCCUGCCGAGAACGCGCACGGGGGCGGCGGGGGCGCCUUCCCCGCCUCGCAGACCCCCAGCAAGCCGGCCUCCGCCGACGGCCACCGCGGCCCCAGCACGGCCUUCGCCCCCGCGGCCGCCGAGCCCAAGCUGUUCGGAGGCUUCAACUCCUCGGACACGGUCACCUCCCCGCAGAGGGCGGGGCCGCUGGCUGGGGGGGUGACCACGUUUGUGGCACUCUAUGACUAUGAGUCGCGGACAGAGACUGACCUAUCCUUCAAGAAAGGGGAGCGGCUGCAGAUUGUCAACAACACAGAGGGAGACUGGUGGCUCGCCCACUCGCUCAGCACGGGACAGACGGGCUACAUCCCCAGCAACUAUGUGGCGCCCUCCGACUCCAUCCAGGCUGAGGAGUGGUACUUUGGCAAGAUCACCAGACGAGAAUCAGAGCGGUUACUGCUCAAUGUGGAGAACCCCAGAGGAACCUUCCUAGUGCGAGAAAGCGAGACCACGAAAGGCGCCUACUGCCUCUCCGUGUCCGACUUCGACAACGCCAAGGGCCUCAAUGUGAAGCACUACAAGAUCCGCAAGCUGGACAGCGGUGGCUUCUACAUCACCUCCCGCACCCAGUUCAACAGUCUGCAGCAGCUGGUGGCCUACUACUCCAAACACGCCGAUGGCCUGUGCCACCGCCUCACCACCGUGUGCCCCACGUCCAAGCCACAGACUCAGGGCCUGGCCAAGGAUGCCUGGGAGAUCCCCCGGGAGUCUCUGCGGCUGGAGGUCAAGCUGGGCCAGGGCUGCUUCGGAGAGGUGUGGAUGGGGACCUGGAACGGCACCACCAGAGUGGCCAUCAAAACCCUGAAGCCGGGCACGAUGUCCCCAGAGGCCUUCCUGCAGGAGGCCCAGGUCAUGAAGAAGCUGCGACACGAGAAGCUGGUGCAGCUGUACGCGGUGGUGUCUGAGGAGCCCAUCUACAUCGUCACCGAGUACAUGAGCAAGGGGAGUUUGCUGGACUUUCUCAAGGGGGAGACAGGCAAGUACCUGCGGCUGCCUCAGCUGGUGGACAUGGCUGCUCAGAUCGCCUCGGGCAUGGCGUACGUGGAGCGAAUGAACUACGUCCAUCGGGACCUGCGCGCCGCCAACAUCCUGGUGGGAGAGAAUCUCGUGUGCAAAGUGGCCGACUUUGGGCUGGCCCGGCUCAUUGAAGACAACGAAUACACAGCCCGGCAAGGUGCCAAAUUCCCCAUCAAGUGGACGGCUCCAGAGGCCGCCCUCUACGGCCGGUUCACCAUCAAGUCGGACGUGUGGUCUUUUGGGAUCCUGCUGACAGAGCUCACAACAAAGGGACGGGUGCCCUACCCUGGGAUGGUGAACCGCGAGGUGCUGGACCAAGUGGAGCGGGGCUACCGGAUGCCCUGCCCGCCCGAGUGUCCCGAGUCCCUGCACGACCUCAUGUGCCAGUGCUGGCGGAAGGAGCCAGAGGAGCGGCCCACCUUCGAGUACCUGCAGGCCUUUCUGGAGGACUACUUCACGUCCACCGAGCCCCAGUACCAGCCUGGAGAGAACCUAUAGGGGGCAGGCUACCCGGCCAGACUGCUUCUGGGCUGGGAUCCUGGGCUGGGUGGCCCCUGACGGGGGCUUGCCUCCCUCUGCCCGCCCACCGUUGACCCUUUCUGUGGGGCUGAAUUGCCAGGGACGAGGCCCCUCCCUCUUUUGUGGCAUGGAAGGGCCUGGGGCAGUCCCGAGGGCGGC